AUGGAGACGAAUUCUGGAUAUAUUAACAAAUUCUUCCUAGGAACAUUGUUAAUAGAUCAGAUUAACCUGGAGAGCAACCCACCAGCCUAUUCUACGCGGGCGAGGGCGCAAGGCCCGUCGGAGAAGCCUAAGGAGCCUGCUGGUGGUGAUAAACAGAAGCUAGCGCGUUCGCCUACAAAGAGCAAGCCUCCCCCUAAGAAAGCAGUAAAAGCCACUAAAAAAUCUGCUCCUCCUGCUCUAGCAUAUAAUGAGCUCCCUUUGCUGCUGAGGAGCUUGCCUCUAACUUUUAUCUUAUCUCAGCCUGCUUCUGCUCCUGCGGCUGCUAGAGAGUCUUCUCCCCCUGAGCAGGUGAUGGAGUUUGACGUCGCUGUACAAUAUCUAAUACGCGUGAAUGGUGAUAAGGCUGAUAGUUAUCCUCUAUAUUUUGAACUGCAUGGAGAGAGCAGCCUUUACAAUUGGCAAUAG